AUGAAUUUGCCACAAAUCUUGUCUCAAAAAGAGAAAGAAAAUUUUGUGAAAUUACAGCGUGAUAUAGUGAAGGUGCAUUUGGUUGAAGAUGAAGACAAAGGCCUGAUCCUACCUGCGAUUCGAGGACUCUCGAACCCGGACCUUGUAGACGUGCUUGAGUGGUAUAGCGAUAGGGUAAAGCUGUUUCACCCCGAGGAGCCACUUUUUGACGAUCACACAGCGUUGAAUGAGCAUAUUUCUGCGUUCUACGCCCAGAUUGAUCGGAAUACUGGCUGCGCCAUAUUGACGGACGCGGCAAGAAAGAACGCAAUUGUGCUCCAGGCAGAAUUGCCGCAAUUUGAAUGGUUUUGCAUUGGAAUUUUCAAAACCAAUUCGCUAAGUGACUUGCUCGAUGCCAAGUUCUCCGGCUACGAGAUUUUCACCAGGUCUUGGCUCGAAGAGCCCUCCGAGGUCUCAGGAGACAGCGAACUGAGCGAUUACUGGAACUUGUACGAUAAUGACGACCAAGAGGAAGACGAGGACGAAGAUUCUCACGCAUACGGUACGAUGAAACCUUCUGAUCUUCCAUUGGGCGAGCUGGACGUAAAAAUCCACCGGCAGAUUCAUUCACUUUGGAUUCUGUACGAUAAUUGUGGUCUUUCGUUUUCAGCCUUUGUCUCGGAUCUUAGUGCGGCUCUAGGCGUCGAAAGCUUAGCCAAAUCGUGCUCGAAUGGGCCAUUGCAUAGCUAUGUCCAAACCAGCAUACCCAAUUUCGUGAGCACGCUCACUCAAUUUGGAUUCUCCCAAGAUUCAGUGCACAAGGCUAUUUUCCAUUGCUCGAAAACUAUUAAUUCUGCCGAACUACAGUUGCUUCUACCAUCUGGUUCAUUUUGA